AUGAAUCUCUCAAUGUCCCGUUUCGCCCUCGUGGCUGGUCUCCUACUGGGCCAUGCAUCGGCCAGCAUUUCCGCAGCCAGCUCCAUACCAGCAAGCAGUCAAGCACACACCAUGACUGCAAGCUGUGAGACACGACUGGGAACCAUGUCAGUGAAGUCAGUUCCUACUGUGACCCACACUCACACAAUCCAUGACCGUCAUCCAGUUGUGGUCUUCACAACCACCCUGGACACUGUCACUUCCACCCCCGCGGAGUCAACAGAGACCUCGACAGACUAUGAGACCACUACAGUCACCUCGACCGCUUCCACGGUGACUGAGACAUUCUCAACGACCUCAACUGAGUACUAUACCAGCAUUUUUACCCUGCAACUCUUGCCUGUGACCACGACUGUCUCUGCUGUGGUUUCCACCACCUAUACCAGUACCUCUACUAUUCCUGUCUCUACUGGUUUUACACCGAUUAUGGACACUCUUCCUCCUUCUGCUACAGUCAUCAGGCGAUCUCUGCUGGAGGAGCAAGAAGAGUGUGCUCCCUGGGUUGAUGACUACCAAUUCCCCCAAGAGGUGGUGUGCCACGAGAAGAAUGUUAUCAAGAUGACCACUGUUUCGACUGUCACUGGAUCCCCAGUGACUAGCACUGCUGAUACACCUACUACAACGGUGACCGUGACCAACACUGUGACGAGUAACUCGGUCGUUCUUCCCUCAGAUGUCUCCACCACCCUGAGCUACAGCACUACCUCAACCAUCACUGAGACAUUGCACUUACUAGCUAGUACUAGUACCGUGACAAGUACAUCUACUGCUGUCGGUGCCAUGGCCACAGCUAUAUUUCACGAUGCUUGCGCCGCCAACAACAUUGCCGGUGGCACUCUGUCUGCGGACUAUGGCAGUCUCCAGGGCAAAUACAUUAAUCAGUUGACAUUGAAUCAUAUUCCUGGCCAAACGAUGAAGGUUGGUAAUGCUGCUUCUGCGUAUGACUGUUGUGUUAGUUGCCAGGAGAGUGCUGCGUGUGCCAUGACAUACUUCUGGCAGUCAGGCUCGAUCUCCUACUGUUACGUGAUUUCCACCAGCGUGUGCUCAACUUCUACCUACGGUAUUGCCGGUUUUGGAACUGUGCAAAGUGGUAGUGGUUCGGCUUCAUUGUCAAAUGGAAACUGCGGUAUCAUUGUUUCUUGA